CUUUUCACACAGUAGCUCCCAGUCUGUUGCUUAGAUGGCUCGUAGCUUCCUUCAGAUUCAGGUGGAAUUCAAGCAUUAAAUCCAUUUGUCGCUGAGCCUAUUAGCUGUGUGGGUGCUGUUAAGUGGACAUCUAGCUUGAGGACUUGGCCUGGUUUUCCUAACCCAUUGGGACAUACUUUAAGCGGUGUCAUCAUAAAAUAUCCUCAAGGCGUGGGGAGAUCUACCAACAACUGCAAGCGCCAUUGAUAAGACAUGUGGCCACAGCUUGACUUCACUUUGGCAAUGUGGACCAUAGGCCUUGGAGCCAUUGGUGCUGCUGUGACGGGGAUAAUCCUAGCCAAUACAGAUUUAUUUCUGUCAAAAUCAGAAAAGGCCUCUUUGGAGUUUUUAGAGGCAAUAGAUCUGAAGACUCUUGGAGCAGCAGAGCAAAGAACGUUCAAGGCAGAGGAGUUGUGGAAGAAGAACGGUGCAGUAAUCAUGGCAGUGCGAAGACCUGGAUGAUUUUUGUGCAGAGAGGAGGCUGCUGAGCUGUCCUCUCUGAAGCCUCAGCUUGACGAGCUGGGUGUUCCCCUUUAUGCUGUUGUGAAAGAGCAGCUUGGGACCGAGGUGGAAGACUUUCAACCAUAUUUCAAGGGGGAAAUAUUUCUGGAUGAAAAGAAACGAUUCUAUGGUCCUCAGAAAAGAACAAUGCUGUUCAUGGGCCUUGUUCGCUGCAGCGUAUGGAAGAAUUUUUUCCGUGCUUGGAGGAGUGGCUACACUGGUAACAUAGAUGGAGAAGGCAUUAUCUUGGGGGGAGUUUUUGUGAUUGGUGCUGGCAAGCAGGGUGUUGUCUUGGAACAUCGUGAAAAGGAAUUUGGAGACAAAGUGAGCCUUGCUGCUGUCCUUGAUGCAGUUAAGAAGAUCAAACCACAACCUUCAGAUCUUAAAAAAUAAAGAUACAUGCUGCCCUCUUAGUUGCAGUAUCUAGGUGAAAAUACACAUUGUAUCUCUGUAGGAGGAAAUUCUUGCCAGAGAUCAGCAACAUAAUGCUUCUUUGGACUGGCUGCAUUUAGUACUGUUGACUUUGGAUACCCAGCAUUCCUUCGGUCUUUGUUUUACUGGAUUAAUGAAAGGCUGGAUCUAAAACCUUAAGAUCUGGCUUAGAUGGUUUCCAGUUCAAACAAAACUGUCAGGUAUAUCUGGAUAUCUUUAUUGAGAAAUAAUGGUGGAGAACUAAUAAAAACUGCAUUUGAAACUUA